CAGAUGUUGGUGGAGAGAGACGGAGAGUGAACACCCACCCUGGUCGCUUCGUCUUGUCCGUAUCAAACCCUCCUUCUCUCGGCGCCUGCAACAAGGCACUUCACCGCUCCUCCGGCCGUCUAGCUGCUGGGCGGACCUGUUUUUCAAACGCACAUUUAGCGCCUUGUAACCGCAGUUUUUUUUUUUUUUUUCCCCCGGAGCUGUCAAAGUAGAAGCAGCGAGAGACAGGGGAGCGACAUGGCCACGACAACCUGUACGCGAUUCACAGACGAGUAUCAGCUAUACGAGGAGCUGGGGAAGGGAGCCUUUUCAGUGGUGCGCAGGUGUGUUAAGCUGUGUACAGGACAGGAGUAUGCUGCAAAAAUAAUCAACACCAAAAAGUUAUCUGCAAGAGAUCACCAGAAGUUGGAGCGAGAGGCUCGGAUUUGUCGCCUCUUGAAACACCCCAACAUCGUUCGCCUUCAUGACAGUAUAUCAGAGGAGGGCUUCCACUACCUCCUGUUUGACUUGGUGACCGGAGGUGAACUGUUUGAGGACAUCGUAGCCAGAGAGUAUUACAGCGAGGCCGACGCCAGUCAUUGCAUCCAGCAGAUCCUGGAGGCGGUGCUUCACUGCCAUCAAAUGGGCGUGGUGCACCGGGACCUGAAGCCAGAGAACCUGCUCCUGGCAAGCAAAUGUAAGAAUGCCGCAGUGAAGCUGGCUGACUUUGGCCUAGCCAUUGAGGUGCAGGGGGAUCAGCAGGCCUGGUUUGGAUUUGCUGGCACACCGGGAUACCUGUCCCCUGAGGUACUGAGGAAGGAGGCAUAUGGCAAACCUGUGGACAUCUGGGCCUGCGGGGUGAUCCUCUACAUCCUGCUGGUGGGUUACCCUCCUUUCUGGGAUGAGGACCAGCACAAGCUGUACCAGCAGAUCAAGGCUGGGGCUUACGAUUUCCCUUCCCCAGAGUGGGACACAGUCACCCCAGAGGCCAAAAACCUGAUCAACCAGAUGCUGACCAUCAACCCAGCCAAGAGGAUCACUGCUCAGGAGGCCCUCAAGCACCCAUGGGUCUGCCAACGGUCCACAGUGGCAUCUAUGAUGCACAGACAGGAGACGGUGGAGUGCCUGAAGAAAUUCAAUGCCAGAAGGAAACUGAAGGGAGCCAUUCUUACCACCAUGCUGGUUUCUCGAAAUUUCUCUGUGGGCAGCAGGCAAACCACCGCUCCGGCCUCUGUCACUGCGGCCGCAGCAGCAGUGGCUGCAGCCGCCGGCACCACCGCAGGGCUGGUGGAACAAGCUAAGACCUUGCUCAACAAAAAAGCAGAUGUCAAGCCCCAGACAAACAGCACCAAAAACAGCAUAGUCACCAGCCCCAAAGGAAACAUCCCGUCACCUGCUCUGGAACCUCAGACAACCGUCAUCCAUAAUCCAGUGGACGGGACAAAGGAAUCAUCAGAUAGCAGCAACACCACUGUGGAGGAUGAAGAUGUGAAAGGGAAGAGCUUAGACAACAGCUCGCUUAAGGCGCAGUCCAGCACAAGCUCCCAGCCUGAUAGCUCUCAGGGCUCCUCAGCUGCUGUGUACUCUGCCACAAAGUUUGCUGACCUGCUGGGCUCAGUGCGUAGGGGCUCAGGGCCCACUUCUGACGGGGAAGGGAGAUCCAGCACUCCACCUCCUGCUGUCCUCUCUGCCCCCUCCCCUCCACACACCCCUGUUGUCCCAAUGCAGAUGUCUCGGCUCACCGACCUGGUAAGCAGCGUUCGCAGGGUGCCGGCUGCUCCUGCACCUGCAUCCGCACCCGAAGCAGACGCUGCCCCGGCGCUGGUACCCAGCGCCAGGCCUACCCCUUCGCCUGCACACACCACCUCCCCACCCCCACCCCACUCCCCCUCCAGCCCUUCCCUGUCUUCCUCCCAGACACGCAAACAAGAAAUUAUCAAGAUCACUGAGCAGCUGAUAGAGGCUAUCAACAAUGGAGACUUUGAGGCAUACGCUAAGAUCUGUGACCCAGGACUGACCUCGUUUGAGCCGGAGGCGCUGGGGAACCUGGUGGAGGGGAUGGACUUCCACAGAUUCUACUUUGAGAACCUUUUGGCUAAGAACAGCAAGCCCAUCCACACUACCAUCUUGAACCCCCACGUCCACCUGAUCGGCGAGGACGCGGCAUGCAUCGCUUACAUCCGCCUGACUCAGUUUGUCGAUGGCCAAGGUCGGCCGCGGUCCAGCCAGUCAGAGGAAACUCGCGUCUGGCAUCGCAGAGAUAGCAAGUGGCAGAACAUCCACUUCCACUGCUCAGGCGCGCCAGCUGCGCCACUCCAGUGAGGGUUGAACGCCAUAGCUGUUUCAGAAGUGCUCUGCUGGAGAGAGAGAGGAAGAGGAGAAGGGAUGAAAGACCAAGUCCAGUGUCAGUUUGGGAACAGGGCUCCUCACCCUUCACCAACAAACUUCCCUCACUGGACACCCAUCCUCAACCCCCAGCAUGCAUCUCUUCUUUUACUACUACUCCCCCCGUCUGUCACCUGCCCUACAACAUCUUCCGACAACCAUCAAACAAAAUCAACUGGACGUCCAACGCUCCCCCCCCGGCUUCCUCUUCCUCCCUCCGGCACACUGGGUGAUUUGCGGGGUGGGGGUGUUUUCAGCACUCUGUGUGAUUCCUUCUUCCUCUGGUCUCUCUCUUGUGACACCAACCCUCUUGUCCUCCUGUGAAUCCACACUUGUGUGACAUAAACACUGCACUGGGAAUACAGUAUGUAAAGUUUUAAGUAAAAUCUGUUAUUAUCAUUGUUAUUACGAUGAGUAUUAUUAUUAUUAUUAUUACACAUUUGCAAUUGUAUAUGUCAUUUGUAUAAUUCUAAAUUCUUGAUGCCAGUGGUUUCUGGAGUUGAAGGAAUUUUUUUUUUUUUUUGUUUAUCUAUCUUUUUAAGGAAGCAUGUUUUUUUUCCCCAUAUUAACAGUGGCUGUUUUUAUUGUGGCUAUUAUGUGGAAAAUGAUAUUGGCAGUUUUUGUAAUUUGCUUGUAUGUUAGCUAUAAUACUGCGCGCAAACUCAUGGUCAGCUUGUUUUUUAUUUGUUUUAGGGUUUUAUUUUCUUAAAAUUUUUUAGUUUAUUCCUUUUUUUUUGUUUUUUUUUUUUUUUUUUUGGGAAGGGGUGUGUCUGAUGGUGUCAUGUGUUCAUGUAGAUAGUGUGUGUGUGUGUGUGUGACUGUGUACUUUGUGCUAGUCCAAACAUAAUAACUGUGGGGUUAACAGUUGGAGGAACCGCUUGUUCUUACAUCAUUGCGGAGUAAGAGUUAGCUAAGCUGAGUGUCUUCCUGCAUCAAAACAUGAACAUUUCAAACAUACAAAACAAGCAUGCAAUAUGAGUUUUACCUUGAAUUUACUUUUCCAUCUUCAUGUGUAACACUUUAAUCCUAGAGUUUAAUCCCCAUUUGUAUUUUCCAUGCUGUAACAAGAAAAACAUCCGGUCCAGAGAGGAAAUAUUAUAGGCGACAACAAUGAUUCAUUUAAAGGAACCAUUAGAUUUUUUUAUUAUUUUUUGGGGUGAAAUCUUUUGAUCUAGUAUCUGCUUUAAUUGAGCACAGUUUUAUUGAUAGAUAGAAUAGGCUGCAUGUAUACUAGUCCCAGUCCUGUUUUAAUGUAAACCGAGGAUUAUUUUAAGACUGAUCUAGAGAAACCUCAACAGGUUUAACUGGACGCUAAGGCAUUGAAAUAAGAUUGUGUUAAGAAACCACAGACCAUUUUGAACAAAUUCAAGGCCGUCUUCUUAAAAUACUCAAAUCUCAGCUGUAGUAUAAGAAAUUGAAUUCAUCCUAAUCCGCUCCUUAUGAAAUAGAAAAAGCGCAACACUUGUUAAAUUACUAAAUGCGUCAACAUUUCGUCAAGUAUUUAUGUCUCCCACUAAGACUAAAAAACCUUUAACUACUUAAUAAAACUCUGAACAAAUGUGAAAGGACAAAAAAAAUCAAAAUCUAAUGUUAUUUCUUAUUAAACCAACAUAGCACCUUGUGAUAGUAUAAGAAACUCUUCUUGUUAAUCUGAAAUCAUUUGGUAUGUCAUAAUAACAAGAGAAAUAUGUCGAACUGUUACAUUUAAGUAGCACUGUCGCCUCACAGCAAGAAGGUCGUGGGUUCAAACCCGGGUGCUCCGGCUUCCUCCCACCAUCCAAAGUCAUGCAGGCUAGAUUAAUUGGUGUCUCUAAAAUUGCCCUUAGGGGUGGAUU